UGCCAGCGUGGAACGUCGCUCGGCAGGUUCAGGAAGUAAACUGUCCGGUUCCAUCAUAAGCAGGAGCUGCUAAUAUGUGUUAACUUAAUAGUUUUUAGUUCGGUAAUUUCACAGGAUUAGCAGAGACCAUCUGGAAAGACACCCGGUCCUCCCUCUUUAGGAGUAUUUCCGCGCCCCUUCCACGGACCGCAGACCUCCGUCAAGCUGUCAGCUGCUGGAGUGAGCACACACACACAUCCUGGAUGAUGGUUGAUGUCACGCUGGCUCAAGUGGGAAAAAAUCUGAGUGAAGCCAUGAGGAUCCUGGGAGAUGGACAAGGGGAGCUGGAUGCAGGACCAGAGAGGCUGCGUUUCAGCAGGGCCAGCAUCCCUGGACCCCUGCAGGGAGAUGGUCAGGAUGUCACCACUAUACUGCACCUAGUUCACAGUCUCAUUCAUGAGGAGGAAGAGGAAGAAGAGGACAAGCCGAGUCAACACAGGAUGCAGAAUGUGGGUGAACAAGGUCACAUGGCGUUGCUGGGCCACAGCCUGGCAGCUUACAUCUCGGUGUUGGACAGGGAGCGACUCCGGAAGCUGACCACUCGGAUCUUGUCGGACACCACACUGUGGCUCUGCAGGCUCUUCAGGUACGAGGCCGGUUCUGCCUGUUUCCACGAGGACGACAGGGACGGCCUGGUGAAAGUUUGUCGGCUGGUCAUCAAUGCUCGCUAUGAGGAAUACUCCACUGAAGGCUACACCGUCUUAAACUCCAAACAGCCAGUCAUCUACCAGAGUGCCUCCUGCAGGCCUGGUCUGGGACAACAUCUGUGCAGCCAGAUCGGCUUGCCUCUGUCCAGUUUGUGCACGGUGCCAUGCAACACCAUGUUUGGAUCCCAGCACCAGAUGGAUGUUGCCUUGUUGGACAAACUGAUCAAAGAAGAUGUGGAAGCUGGGAAGCUUCCUCUGCUGCUGAUUGCCAAUGCAGGUACCCCUGGGGCAGGCCAUACGGAUAAGCUGAGUCGUCUGAAGGAGCUGUGUGAUCAGUACAGCUUAUGGCUUCAUGUUGAAGGGGUUAACCUUGCAACGCUGGCUCUGGGGGAAGUCCCCUCUGCCAUCAUGGCAGCCACCAGAAGUGACAGUAUGACUCUGACUCCAGGUCAGUGGCUUGGCCUGCCAGCUGUAACUGCUGUCACCCUCUACAGACAUGAAGACCCGGCUCUGUCUCUGGCAGCAGGACUGACCUCCAGCCAGCCUAUGGAGAAGCUGAGAGCGCUGCCUCUCUGGCUGUCCCUACAGAACCUCGGUCACAAUGGCAUUGUUCAGAAGAUCAGACACGCCACAGCUCUAAGCCAGCAGCUCCUACAGCAGCUAAAACCUCUGGCCUCAAUCAAAACAUCGGGUGUCCUUGAGACAGAGAUAUCUCUCGUUGAGGCUUUGAAAAUGGUGGAAGAUGAACAAAACUCUCCUGUGGUUCUGUUCAAGUUUUCCCAAGAAAUGAGUGCUGGAUCAAGUGGGGGUUCGGUGGAGGGCUUCAGUGCUGUUGAGAAAGAGGUGCUCGAUACCUUCAACAGAUGGCUCGGUGAUCAGCUCGCUCAGCUGGUGCCCAGCAGUGGAGUAGAUGUGGUGGAGCUGGACGAUGAAGGAACUUGUGUUCGAUUCAGCCCCCUGUUGACUGCUGCAGUUCUGGGCACCCAGCAGGAGGAUGUUGAGGAUAUGGUGGAGAAGCUCACAGAGCUGGUACCCAUGAUGAUCUCCACAAUGAGUUUAAGACAAGACUUCAGAGAGGCGAUUCACCGCUGUUCACCGUUGCUCAGAUAUAUCGAGGAGCCCAGCUGGCCGGGUCUGGGAGCUGUCCGGUACGAGCUACAGGCUGAAGGAACAGACGAGAGCAGGGCGAAGCAGGAGUGGAAGAAAAUUAACGACGAGCUGCUGAAGAAACUACACGAGCUCGACACUGACAUCGUCUUCUCUACUGGCCCUGAGUUUGUGAUGGAGGAGAGCUGCAUCUUUGUUGGCAUGGUAACUGACGAUGUUGAUGUGUCAGAGCUGGUGGAAACAAUCGCUGCCAUGGGAAGGGACAUCGAAGAGAGUGGAAGGCUGUUGGAGAACAUGACGGAGGUGGUGAGGAAAGGCAUCAUGGAGGCGGAGCUGCAGCUGCAGAAGGCCACUGAGGAGAAACUCAUGGAGGAGGGGAUGCUGAGGCAGCUUCCUCUGGUGGGCUCGGUGUUGAACUGGUUUGCUCCGGUUCAGAGCAACAUAAGAGGAAGGACCUUCAACCUGGCAGCAGGUUCUUUGGAUUCUACAGAAACGACAUACUCCAGUAAGGCCCAAGCAGGCAUACCGUCCCUGCAAGACACCCCCCCCUCUUCCUCAAGACCGCCAGGUCAGAGGUUGUUCCGCCGCCCAGGAGCAAGGUCCGACUCCAUGAGCGAAACCAGCUCCAUGGGACAGGCCGAAGAGACGACCAGCAGCAUCCACCCCUCCUCCGCUCCACCUGCAGCGGAGACGGAGCAUUGCUCUGCCAGCGACGCCACACCGCAGGCCAGCCAGGAGACAGCGGAGCAGGUGGAGGCUGAGGACGCCUCCGACGAGAGGCCACCUGACGGCCAGGAGGUGGAGCAGAGUGAGAGAUAGGACAACUGGAGGUGUCCUCCACCCAUCUUGAAACAUGUCCUCCACCCAUCCUGACACAUGCUAUACAGAGAGGUGUGAAUAUAAGUUACCCCCCCCCCCCCAACACUGUGAAAUCAGUUCAGUGCUUUACUACUAAUUCAGUGAUGAAGAGUUUUAGGACACUAGUCUUCCUCGUUGUGAGUUUGAUGGACUGAUCAACCCCUCCAGAGACGUGAGCGUCUUUCUGCCACGUUCACGUGUUUCACACCGAGCAGUGAGUGAUGACGACCGGGUCCAGGUGCCUUCGUUAGGGCAGGUAUGGCUCUGCUUUCAGACGUUUGUGACGGUUUUUGGGUGGAUUUUUCCUUCAGUUCGGGCUCAGAGUGUCCGGCUGAACUGUGGAGCGACAGAGAUGUUAUACGUGGAAGUGAAUGGAGUUUAAUUAAACACCAUUUAUUUCCUGUUGAGCUCUAAAAUGAAAAUCAGACAGCUUAAUAAUAAAAGAUUUUACUGCUGCAAUAAAUAGUGUUAAUAUUUCUCACUCCCUCAAAUUAUUAGGAUUACUUCCUCAUAGACGUCUGUACAGAAGAAAAUAGAAUUUCUUUCUCCCAUCAUGUCUGCCACCCAAAAGUACAAUAAUAUUUUAUCUGUGGAAUUUACAGCAUGCCGUAAAGUAGGACUCAUUCUAAUGCCCUUGUAAUUUUUACGAGACCAGUUUGUGGAUUUGAUUUGUCUAAAUUUUUAUAACAUCUGGGAUAAAAACGUCAUUUUACAAGAAGUCAUGAAAACAAAGAGCUAAAUAAAAAUCUGCUGGUGAAGACAAAGUAAACGCUGGUCUGGUACUGCACACAGACUUCAAAUAAUUAGAAAAAUACGGCUCACAUGAAUGAAAUGAUAAAUACUUUAGUUAAUACGUUGAUUUCAUGGAUUUAUUGAUUAAUUGAAGACAUAAAAUAACCUGGCCAAACCGCUCCUCCUGCGUUUUCUCCAUUCAUCUUUAAACAGGUCACCUCAUGCUAAUGUCAUAAAACCACAUUAUUCUCACAAUACUUUGACCUUUUUCUCUGUUAUUGGAACUAGUGUCAUAGUGGCUGAAUUUUAUUUUACUUUAAAAUUAGAAAAUUAGAAAAUUGGAAGGUAGAGUAAACUCAUGCUGUAGCUUUGGGAGGCAGAACUUAAGAUUCAGAAGAAGAAAAAUUCCUUUUUAUGUUAAUGUCUUUUCAUUCAUGUCACACUGUGGAAAUAACCUUUACUGAAGAUACAAAGAAAUAGUGUUGAUGUGCGCGGUAGUGAUGCCGUCUUCAUCUUCACAUCCGUCCUUUUGGGCUCACAGCAGCGUUUCUGCAUCUACUACAUAAAAGCAGGAUGUGUCGGGUCGGUCCGUCCACAUGGAGCCGUUAACCAGCUCCUACAAAGAAGGAAAUACGACCUCUGCAGAAACCGCUCAGAGCUGCAGGAAUCAGACUGACAUCUGUAUCUGAUCACGUCUUUUUUAUUUCUUUCAAAAUGAAAACAGUUAAAUAAAAAUCCACCCGGUGCAGCUCACUGAGCGUGUCCCUUAAUUAAUGUUUAUUCCACCUUAACUGCUGUUGCUUUUAAAGAAUAAAUAUUAAGGACUCUAUUUAAUUAUUUAUUUGGUCUCCUUGUUUACAAAAGAAUGAAGUGAUUUUCUUUCAUAUAAAGUACUUUCACAUUUUCCCUUUUCUGUAAACUGAUGACCAGAUCAGGUCUCAGUCAGUUAUUCAGCCAAGACAAAAGAAAAAAUGAAAAUAAUCAACAUUAAUGUGCUUUUUUACUCGUAUUUACAGGACGAACUAGCAGAGGGUGGGGGUGUUUGAGUUCAUUUUAUUUAUUUUUUAUUAUUAUUUUCUGGGAGCUUUAUGAGCAUGUGCACUUUCUGAACUCUCCUUUCAACAACUCUUUUCCACGCGUGAUGCUCGGCAGUGUGGCUCCGACUCCGGAGCAGAUGCUCCCAGAGGAGCUGCGUUUUAGUCCUGGGUCAUUAUGACGAGAACCAAACUGGUCCCAGUCCUCACCGGUUAGUCACGUCAUCCAACCACGUUUUAGAAAAUCUACCAUGAAAUGAUGCGUAAAUUUCUGCCCAACGCGACGUUUAAAUUGUCUUCUAAUCAGAAUCUGCAGCACGGCUUUUGCUGCAGAUGGGUUAGGACCUUAAAUGCAUCACUGCCAGUGAUAUCAGUAUGAAUCUAUGAAGAUGAUGAUGAAGAUAAUCUCUGAUUUGAACCGUCUGAUCAGCAGCUCCUCAGCUGUAAAGCCUUAUUGAUGUUUCAUGUGCCAUGUGAAUGUAUGUCAUUAGUUUAGAUAAAAACAGUUUCUAAAUGAACUGUGAACGUGGUGCUUCGUUGUAGAUAUGAAACAGGAAGAAGAUAACUGGAAUGAAGGCUAGAAACUCAGAUGUAGCCAGAUCCUGCACGACUAACAUACUUGCUGUAAAGUUUUAAAAUGUUGAUUUAAUGCAAGACUUAAAAGAAUGAAGACUGCACCAGAGUUGCACUUGUUCUGUAAAUAAUUACUACAGUAGUGUGUUUAUUUCUUCUACGGUGUAAUGAAGGAGAACUUCCUUCAUGUUGUGAUUCUAACGCAAAUCUCAUGUAAAUCAAUGACUAAGAUGUUUGAUUUGAUAUGAUGCCGCUGCCUUAAUGUUUGAUGGUGUCCAAUCAGCAGAGUUCUUUCUUUGAGGUUUUUAACAGUUACUUUAAAGUUCAAAAAUACUUUUCUGUCUCUACAAGCUCAUUUCAGGUCACAUGUUUCUGUGGUUCAGGCUACUUCCACCUCUUUUUAAUUUUCAGUCUUCCUCCUUACACUGGGUAGCUGGUCAUUGAAUGCACCUGCAGUCUGUAUGGAGGCAUUUUACAGGUCAUCUUGUUUGUAAUGAUGCUGUGGUCCCGUCUGACAAACAGAGCAAUAAAUAAAGGUGGAGAAGCAAAA